GAAGAACAAAGUUCGUUUUCACAAAAAAGAGCUGCUAACGGGUUAAGGGAGGUAGACUUUGAAGAGGGAUAGCAUCUUCCCAGUGGGGUGGAGUUUGAACUUUUUCCUCAAGGGAAAAAGGUGAAGGGAUAGUUUGUGUAUAACGUUUCCGCAGAGGAACAAGGAAGGAAGGGGCUCGGAUAGUGGAAGAGCUCGGAUAAUUGUCAUUGUUUAUUUUCUCUCCCCAGGCACAAUUGUGAAAGUUAUACUUCGAUAUCCGAUUGGGUGGGAGAGAGUUUCACCAGUCAAGACAAGUGGAUACACAGACGACAACUAUCGACAUAUUAAAAGUGAGAGAUGGCGCUUAAUCUAACAGGAGUCUACCAGAUGGUUUCUCAAGAGAACAUGGACGCCUAUCUCUAUGCGUUAGAUAUAAAUAUUGCUCUGAGAAAGAUUGUGUGCCUUCUCCGGCCAAGCAAAGAGAUCACCCACGACCCCGCGACCGGUCAUAUGAAGAUCCGCACCCUCACCACCUUCAAGAACUUUGACAUGGACUUCACCCUAGGACAGCCAUUCACUGAAGACCUGGGUCCAGUAGAUGGACGGGUGUGUGAGACCACGGUGGACUGGGAGGGGGACAUGCUGGUGUGUGUGCAGAAGGGGGAGAAGGAGGGCAGAGGUUGGACACACUGGCUGGAGGGAGACCUGCUGCACCUGGAGAUGAGGGUGCAGGGGGUGGUCGCCAAGCAAGUUUUCAAGAAGGUCAAAUAGCCGACUGAAGCCGACGGAAAAACUAAAGGGGGCCUUUGAAUAUUGUAAUACUUCUUAGUUCCCAUUUUCCUGUUAAUUGGAGUAUAUUUAGCUGAAUGGUAUAUUAAUGAUUGAGCCUGAAAUACAGCACAUUAUUACCAGACUGCCACUGGCUUUUGUAAGCCUGAGCCACUGAUAAGACCUGGUCCUUUAUCUUGGUGACAAACCUGAAUCAUUGCACCUAUUUUUUAUAUUCACAUUACAUUGCAUUUUAUUUAGCAGAUGCUAUUAUUCAAAGCGGCAUACAAAAUUUUGGAAUAAAAUUUCAACAUUUUUUGAAUAACAGUACUGUAGUACUUGUUCUGUAAUAGAUCAGGCAUUGUAUUUACCUAAUGCGUUUUCCAAUGCAUUAGUUUACACUUACGUCUGGUUACAAUUGCAUUUUACAAUUGCAUCUGGUUUUUAUUGAAUAUAGCAAGUGUUUCGCUCUCUUAUUUUACAAUAUACUACACUUACUACAUCUGUUUUUGCACUUCACAUGAACCAAUCACUGAAAAAGACUGUGUGUGAUGUUAUGUGAUGUGUGAUGUGCAAUGCUGUUACAUGCAUCAUUAAUAGAAUGCAGGGCUGUACUGUACUAACACAAUAUUGCAGUGUCCUACAUUAAUACUCCAUUAAUUUAAUGGAUUAUUAAGAGCCUAUAUUGUAAAUAAAUUGGACUAAUGUUUAACCAAUUUACUUAUGCACUACAUUUUGAUUAAUUAUAAAUCACUCAUUUUCAAUAACAUUAUGGAAGUGUUUGACCUUGUGCGAAUCACAUGCCGUUAUGAUGAUGUAUUGUCCUCAGUGGUAAUAAAGUGAGUUUUGCACAACUGA